AUGUGUCCUUUGCAGCCUUCGCUGCCAUCGCUGCUGCUCCUGGCUCUCUGCCAUCGCUCCCACCGUUGGCCCUCCCGUCCUGGCCCGGACGGUGCAAAGCACGUUGCCUCAUUCAGGGCCGGCGCCCCCGAAGCGUCGAAGGGUCGAAGCCUCGAAGGGUUCGUCCAUGGCCGUUGGGACCCGUACACCAACAGUGGAGUCUGGACCCCUGGUAAAGACGGUGGGCAGGCGAGCGACUCAUGUUCUUCAGAUCUCCAGUCUGGAAGUUCUGCACGUUCAGCCCUUCAAACGCGAUCCGAGGCCUUGCCUGACAGUGCCUUGAGGCCUGAGGUGGUUUCGGUGCCUCGGGAGUCGGUAGUAGUGCUGCCCUUCGGUGUGUCUCAGACUCAGGAGUUGUUGCUGUACUCCGAACAGACGAGAGACUUCCCUCGUCCCGAGCGACCCAGAUCAGACCAGAGCCGACGGCCAAUCGCAACCGGUUUAGAGGACGGAGGAGAGGAAAGGAAGAAAGGAUAA